AUGAGGGUUUCGUCGUCCGAGGGUCAAUCCGUCUUCGUUAGACUGGCUGCUUCUGAGUUACCACACUUCAUAUCAGAGCAAAGCGACAAAACCCCUGCACUUACAAUUUUACUUUCUGCUGGCGCAUCAAUUUUGGUUUUUUCGGCUCUCCUGUCGACCGCAUAUAUUCUCUGGAAACGUCGAGGUCUGUCGAAGAAAAACGUUGAAGAGGAGGUGCCUUUGUCGCUCAGAAUGUUCAGUUACAAAGAGCUGCGAAUUGCAACGGAGAAUUUCAAGCAUGAGCUGGGUAGUGGAGCAUUCGGCUCUGUUUUCAAAGGAACUCUGCCAGACAACAGGCCUGUUGCGGUUAAGAGAUUAGAGGGUUCCACGCAAGUAGAAAAACAAUUCCGUGCUGAAAUAAUCACCACCGGUAGAAUACAGCAUGUGAAUUUGGUUAGGCUCUGGGGAUUCUGCGUAGAAGGCUCUCGAAGGCUACUGGUGUAUGCCUACAUGCCCAAUGGUUCUCUAAACUCCUUCCUCUUCUCUCAGUCGGAAGACGCAGAGAAGGUGUUGGAUUGGAAGACCAGGGAUCGCAUCAUUCAUUGCGAUAUCAAGCCUGAAAAAAUUCUCCUCGACAGCGACUUGAGCCCAAAGGUAGCAGAUUUUGGGCUAGCGAAGUUGGUAGGUAGAGAUUUCAGCCGCGUACUGACGACCACAAGAGGAACUCGUGGAUACUUGGCUCCCGAGUGGAUCUCCGGCCUUCCUAUCACUCCCAAGGUGGACGUAUAUAGCUUUGGCAUGACCUUGUUGGAAAUUAUAUCUGGCCGAAGAAAUUUGGAUUUAAAGGUGGAGGAAAGUAGGUUGUACUUUCCUACCUGGGCUUCAUCUCAAAUUCAGAGGGGAAACAUAAAAGACAUUGUGGAUGCAAGGAUAGCAGGCGAGGCAAAUAUCGAAGAAGUUAAAAGAGCCGCUAUGGUGGCUAGGCUGUGCAUUCAAGAUGAUGAGAAUCAGAGGCCGAGCAUGGGUGAAGUGGUGAAGAUAUUAGAAGGCACGAUUGAGGUUCCCCUGCCACAAAUUCCGACGUCUCUAGAAGUCCUGGUUUGUGAGGUAGACGACGAGAACACAGAUAGCUACGGUGAACAUUCCAUGUCAGGUGGUUCCGUAACAGAAAAAUAG